CUGCUGUGCGGGUGGAGUCGGUAUUGCGGAGCCGCGGCCGCGGUGAGUCUCGGGGACAGUGGCGGUGUCGGUGUCGGUGACUCUCCGCCGCUGAAGCCUCAGCGCUGCUCACGAUCACCGGUGUCAUGGCGGUCCUCGUCCUCCUCUUUGUGCAGCUGUUCAGCUUGAGCAUCGCUACAGAAACAAAACCCGCCUGUACCAUCCGCAUCACAUCAUCGGGGCUGGACCUCAUCCGACAGGAAGGGCUGAAUUUUGUGGCUGAGGAACUGGAGAACAUAACAAUCCCAGAGUUGUCGGGGAAGGAGGGGAAUUUCCACUACAAUAUCCGCGAUGUGAGGAUUGUGGACCUGAACCUCUCCUCGGCUGCUCUGCUUUUCCACCCCAACACUGGCCUCUGCUUCCAAGUGCACAACUCCUCCAUCUCAAUCACUUUCCACAGGAAGCUCUUCUACUGGCUCUUUCAUGACGUGGGUCAGGUCAACGCGUCAGCGGAUGGAGUGAGUUUUGAGACGGUUUUGAUGCUCGGACGCAAUGCGGCUGGGAGACUUAAAAUCACAAACAUGACCUGCACUGCGGCUAUCAGCAGCUUGACAGCACAGUUCUCUGGAACAUUAAAGAGUGUUUAUCAAAUCAUGUCAGUGUUCCUCACCAUGGGUAUACGGUUUCUCUUAAACAAGCAGAUCUGCCCAGUGUUGAGCCACGCAGCACUGGUCUCACUCAACACUAUGAUGGAUACCGUUCCAGUGAGAACCCCUGUGGAUAAAUACGUGGGGAUUGAUUAUUCUCUUCUCAGUGACCCCAAGGUCAUGUCUGACCGGCUGGAUAUGGAUUUCAGAGGGAUGUUUUAUCCACUGGAGAAUGAGAAUGAGACACUGGCCUACAGAGGGGUGGUGCCAGUGGUGAAGGAGAUGAACAGGAUGCUGCACAUGGCCGUUUCUGAGUACUUCUUUGACUCGGCCAUGUUUGCCUAUUACACGGCCAAUGUUCUAAGGAUUCAGAUUCCAGAGAGCCAGAUGUCGCUGGAUUUCGCUUACUUGUUGAGGACAACAUUCUUUGGAGCAAUUGUUUUUCAGGCCCCAGUGACGUCCCCGACUAAGGCUCCUUUGCUGUUGGAGCUGUCGGUCACGGCUCCUCCUCACUGUACCAUCAAACCCUCCGGUGUCAUGGUCAGUGUGAGCGCUCUGAUGAAUGUCCUCCUCGUGCCCUCGAACUCCCCCACAGUGACGCUGGCCACCAUAAUCAUGGAGGCGAAGUUGAGUGCACAAGUCACCAUGAAAUCAAAAAGCCUCUCAAUAAAAUUAGACUUAAAGAGAUUCAAGAUGUUUUCACCAAAGUCAACCCUGGAAUCACUUGCGCUGAUCCCUCUGCAAACUCCAGUCAAAGCUUUCCUGAAAGUCAGCAUCCUGCCAAUCGUCAAUAAGAGAACCAUGAGAGGAGUCCAAAUUCCACUUCCUGAAGGCAUUGACCUCAUCAAAGAGGUCAUGGAAAACCAUAUGGGCUUUCUGACGAUUGGAGCUGAUUUGCAUUUUUACAAAGGUUUACGGGAAGUUAUAGAAAUGAAUAAACAGGUUCAGCGCAACGGAUCCACCACUGCCUGACCCCCAGCGGGGGGACAGACGGAUAAUGCUUCACAAUAUUUACUCACUAACGAAUUUGUACUCAAUGUAAACCUUUAAUUCAUUAUUAUUAUAUUAUUUUAUGAAUAAAUCUUGUACCCUCUUCGUAACAAGCGAACCUCGACAGCUCUCUGGCAGGGAUGUGCUGGGCUGACCAGACUUCAGUAGCGGGUACACCCUCUAAAUUAGGUUAUUGCAUUAUACAACUUUGUAGAUUUCAAUUCACAACAAACGUACAUUAUCAUUGUAAGAUUUAGUGAAUGCCCGGAGCUAGAAAAUUUAAAUUGGUGUGAAUGCUUCUUGCACCACCCAUUGGUGAAUAGCAGAACUUGGCAGAUCAUUUUAGGAAAAAUACUGCCAAAAGUUAGAACUGUAUUGGCAGCACUAGUUCUUGCAGUGUUCAGAAGUGAAGGUUUCCAUUGGCUUUGGUCGGGCAGUUAAGACCUUCUUGUACAAUUUGUGAUCUUUUUGCUCUCACAUCCCUUUAGAAUGGAUGGUCUGGACCACAUUUCUGAACAACUAAUACACUGAAGCUCAGUGGCUACACAGUUUCUAUUUGAUUAACCUGGGUAAUUUCUUGUUGCGUAGUAGUAUGACAUAGUGCAGC